GACAGAAGCGGAGCUCAGGGCUUUGUGUCAUGCGUGUUCCCCCCCAGGAUGUCUCGUGAACAGCUGGCAGUAGAGCGGGCGAGGAGAGCCUUCUCAACCGGCAGGUCCAAACCGCUGGCGUACCGCAUCCGUCAACUCAACAACCUUCGGCGGUUCCUCGUCGAGAGACAAUCAGAGAUCGCAGAAGCGGCCAAAAAAGAUCUCAAUAGGAGUGAAGUGGGAAUCCAGCUCUUUGAAACGUUGGGCUUGGAAUCAGAGAUCCAACUGGUGAUAAAGAACCUCAAAAAAUGGGCUGCUCCCCGGGCGGUGGAGAAGAACCUGGUGACUCUGUCCGAUACGCUGUACAUCCAGCCCGAGCCACUGGGGGUCGUGCUGGUGAUUGGAGCGUGGAACUACCCCUGGGCGGUCACCCUGUUCCCCCUGAUAGGCGCCAUCGCCGCAGGUAAUGCAGCUGUGGUGAAACCCUCUGAGGUGUGUGUUCACACCUCUAAGGUCAUGGAGGAACUACUUAACGCCUACCUCGACAAGGAGCUGUACCCGGUGGUGACGGGCGGCGUCCAGGAGACCCAGGAGCUGCUGAAGCAGCGCUUCGACCACAUCGUCUACACCGGCAACUCCAUGGUGGGUCGCAUCGUCAUGGAGGCUGCGGCCAAACACCUGACCCCCGUCACCCUGGAGCUGGGGGGCAAGAGCCCCUGCUACAUCGACAAGGACUGUGACAUCCCUUUGGCCUGCAGGCGCGUGACCUGGGGGAAGUUCACCAACUGUGGCCAGACGUGCAUCGCUCCGGACUACGUGCUGUGUGAGGCCAGCAUCCAGGACCGCGUCAUCGACGAGAUGAAGAAAUGCAUCAAGGAGUUCUACACGGACGACCCUAAGAGCUUCCUGGACUAUGGACGCAUCAUCAACGAGCGCCACUUCAGGAGGAUCCUGGCCAUGACGGAGGACAGCACGGUUGCUGUGGGAGGAGAGAGCGACCACACUGAGUGCUACAUAGCCCCGACCAUUCUGCGGGACGUGAAGGCUGGGUCAAAGGUCAUGCAGGAAGAGAUCUUCGGUCCGCUGCUCCCGAUCGUGCCGGUGAGCGGACUGGAAGGGGCCAUCGACUUUAUCAACCAAGGAGAGAAAUCCCUCGUGAUCUACGUAUUCUCCACCGACAAGAAGCUGAUCAAUCGACUGAUCGAGGAGACGUCUAGUGGAGCAGUUUUGGCCAACGACUGUCUGGUGCACUACUCAGUCAGUUCCCUGCCUUUCGGUGGAGUAGGGAACAGCGGCAUGGGCUGCUACCACGGCAAGUUCAGCUUCGACCAGCUCAGCCACCUGCGGAGCUGCAUGGUCCGGCCGCUGAAGAACGAGGGGAUGAACAGCAUGCGCUACCCCCCCCACACCCUCGGCAAGCUGGGCUGGGCGCGCUUCUUCCUGGUCCAGGCCCCCGACCUGGCCCUGAUGGGCCGCGUGGGAGCUCUGGCGGUGCUGGUGGCCGUGGCCGGCUUCCUGAUCAAUGCCUAUUUGCUGUGAGGAGAAACUGACUCGUCUUCAAGAGGAUCUGGAGAAGGUUUCAGCGAAGUGACCAUGAAGGUUUCAGCUACAUGACCUUGAUAUACGGGAGAACUGUUUGAUUUUUUUUUUUUUUUGAAGACAAACAAUUUGUUGAUUGUCUUCAAUCAACAAAUUAAAAUUUGCUUUCUCAUUGCAAUGGUAUGAUGGAGCUUUGCAUUCAUAUAAUCAUCUCUGAAGGAUCAGAUAGCCCAAUCGCUAUUUCAGUAGUACUUUCAUUUAAUGUUGACAUUGGCAGAAACAUACCGCUGGCCAGGGUCAUAAAGAUUGUUUUAAUCCAACCUGUAAUUGAAGGUCUAGCAACUAGAAUGCUAUUUUUCAGCAUGUAAAUGAUUUUUUAAAUAUCCAUAUGCAAUUAUAUAGUAUCAGUAAGAGUGUAAUGGAUUCUUAAAGUAGUGUAUGUAUGGGUGUUAAGAGUGUAAUGGAUUCUUAAAGUAGUGUAUGUAUGGAUUUUAAGAGUAUAAUGGAUUCUUAAAGUAGUGUAUGUAUGGAUUUUAAGAGUAUAAUGGAUUCUUAAAGUAGUGUAUGUAUGGGUGUUUAAUUUAUGCUUCUUAAAAUAUUUGAGUGUCUACACAGAUUUUUCUGUCAGAAUGAAAGUUAAUCCUAUACCAUCCAGGCAUGGUAAAUAAAUGGUCCAGUAACCUUUCAAUAAUGAAACCGUCAUUACAAAAUCCAUUUAUAACGUGUAUUCUAAUAAAUAUUGAGGAACUUG